CUUCUUCCUUUCCCCCUCAUCUUGCCUCUUCUUCUUUUCUUCUAUUCGUCUUUCCUCUUCUUUCUUUCUUCUCCCUUCUUCCCCUCCUCUUUCCUCUUCUUCUCUUCUUUCUCCUCCUCCACCUCUUCUCUCUUCUUUCUUUUUCUUCCCUUCUUUAAUUAUCUACAUCUAUUUUUAAAAUUUAUAUUUUCCUUUUCAUAUUUUCAUUUAUUUACUAUAUUAGUGUUAUUUCAUUUUUAUUUUUCAUGUUAUAAAUUCUUUACAAACUUUAUCCCUCUCUUUUUUUUUUGAAGUUAUUAUGAAAAUUUGGAUAAACCCUAAACUUUGUCAUAUAUAUAAACCCUCCAAAAAGAAAAGAAAAAAAAAAUUCAACCUCAAACCUCUCUGAGACGGCCCAAUAAAGUCAUAGACUUUCAGUUUCCAAACAGGGCCUAAAUCCAUGAUAUGGGCUGGGUUCUGUAACCCACGAGACAGUUACCUACUACGACCCUAAUCAAAAACCCUAACCCGCAAUACAGGACGGUCUUCUUCUCUUCUUCCUCUCUGAAAUCAGCUACGGUAGCUAAGAGUUUUCGCAAAAAAAAUGGGAGGAAAGAGGAAACACAGUGACGACGGUGAAGGAGCUAAGGGAGGGGAUGAGGGCAACAAUAGCAUUAGUAAGAAGAUGAAGAAGAGUGAGAUACUUCCAUCUAUGAUAAAGAACAAGGAGAAGAGAUCGGCCGAACACGCCAAGCUCAAACACCAGAAGAAGGUCGAGAAGCGAAAGAAGCUCAAGGCGCGGGAUGCUGCGGAGAAGCGCGCACUGGAGCUUGGUGAGGAGCCUCCACCUAAGAUGAUCCCGCGCACAAUUGAGAAUACGAGAGAGGCGGAUGAAACUGUUUGCAAGCCUGAUGAUGAAGAGCUAUUUGCUGGUAAUGAUGCAGAUGAAUUCAGUUCGAUUCUGAAGCAGGAUCAAAUUCCGAAGAUAUUAAUUACCACUUGCCGUUUUAAUUCUACUAGGGGGCCAGCGUUUAUAUCAGAACUGCUUUCAAUAAUCCCCAAUGCUCAUUAUUACAAGCGGGGAACCUAUGACUUGAAAAAGAUUGUAGAGUAUGCAAAGAACAAGGACUUCACUUCAAUUAUAGUAGUUCACACCAACCGCAGGGAACCAGAUGCUCUCCUAAUUAUGGGCUUGCCUGAUGGACCAACAGCUCACUUCAAACUUUCAAGUCUUAUUCUGCGGAAGGAUAUAAAGAAUCAUGGAAAUCCUACCAGUCACAAACCUGAGUUAGUUUUGAAUAACUUUACAACUCGCCUGGGCCAUCGCAUUGGGAGGCUAAUUCAGUCACUUUUCCCUCAAGAUCCAAAUUUCCGUGGUCGACGAGUUGUAACUUUUCACAAUCAAAGAGAUUUCGUAUUCUUUCGGCAUCACAGAUACAUCUUUGAAACCAAAGAGGAUAAACAAAGCGACUCAAAAGAUAAAAAGGCAAAGGAUGCCAAGGGUGAGAACACCCCUAAAGAAAAAGUAGUUGCUCGCCUUCAGGUUUGUGUACCUACUCUGUUUCUGUUUUUACCAUUUUAUUCUUGAAUUCCGAAAAUCCCAUUACUGCUUUUGUGAAACAUGGCUUGGCAUUUGGAAUCCUUCAAUUAAGGCUUGUUUUUUAAGGCUAACAAUUAGCAUUGACUGUUGACUGUUGAGAUAAUCCAACUCUAGAUAUUCUUCCCUCUUGAUCGAACUUUAAAUUUGAAGGUUAGAUUAGGCAUUUUGUUCAUUCCAUUAUUGCAAGUGAGUUUUUUGUGCUGGUUAUAACGGGCUUGAGAAUUUGUGCUUGUGAACUGUUUGCAUGGUCUAAAGGACUAUGUGUUAAACAUUCUUUAAUAGUUGUUUCCUAAAUCCCAAAUAUGCAGGAGUGCGGUCCUCGAUUCACCCUGAAGUUAAUGAGUCUACAGCAUGGAACAUUUGAUACAAAAGGAGGGGAAUAUGAAUGGGCUCACAAGCCUGAAAUGGACACUAGCCGAAGGAGGUUCUUUUUGUAACUUGACCAUGGGUUUACGCUUCAAAUUAGGACAGCCAUCAAUUUUCUGGUAAAGAGGAUUAGUACCUGCAACAAGAAGUGAAGUGAGAUUCACACAAAUUAACUCUCUCAAUGCUGUAUCCCUUAACUUUAAAUAUUUUAUUUGUGAGCUUCGAUAAGAUUAUAAUAUCAGUUUUGGCAAUUUGGAGAAUGAGAGUGCUUGUUAGACACAAAAACUUCCUCUCACCUGCUGACAUUUUAACUUUUACCUGAAAUACCUUGCCAUUGUUUUGUUGUUGUCACAUUUCUCUAUUCAAUCUGUAAAUUAUGAAUUUUGAUU